UUUUGAGCGUCGUGGCGGAGAUCAGGAAGCGUCAGAACUCCAGAAAGGCGACGGAAAACACGAAAGCGAAAAAAACCGUCGGCCGCUGCUGCAUGCAUGCGGCCGCUGUCUUGCUAAUCCCGUCUCGUCGUGUCAGACGCCCCACCACGCGGUCUCGCCUUCCACAUUCACCAGCAGUCCAGCACGUACGCGUUUCCUUUAUGUACGCGCGCCACGCCUGGGAAUGCAAAAUCUGACGGCGCGCGGGGAGCCAGGAGCGGAAGGGGAGGCCGAGAGGGUGCUGCUGCUGCUGCCACAGGGCCACAGCGGGGCGCGCAGGCCGCAGGGACGAGGGCUCAUCGCAGCUCGGCGGCACGCGCAGCUAGAUCAGCAGCGCUGCGUCCCUGAAAUACUGAAGAGUGCUAGCGAGGAAGAGCCUCAUCGAACGCUACAACUACAACAAGGGAAGGGAAGACGAAACAUCUGGACCAGAAGAGAAGACGGCAGCCGUUUCCCUUCCCUUGCUCGUCAGAGGAGUCGCAGCGGAAACAUGCAGAGACAGCAGCUCCAUGGGUCUGAACCGGUCGGAGCUCCCGGUAGAAAGAAGCAGAAAAGAUCGGCCGAUCCGUCGGGACGCGAGGAGCCUGACGACGGCGGCGGCGACGACGAGCCGCCCCGACGAAGCAGGAACACGAAGGCCGCGCAGACGUCGACGACGAGCGCCGCCAUUCGUGGCCUGCUGCGCGAUUUCUUCGAGCAGCAGCUCCGCCUGGACGUGCAGCGCCAGGAGAUGAUGGCGAGGCGGGCGCAGGAGCGGCUGUUCUUCGAAGAGCAAUGGCGGGAAUCGAUGCGGAGGAUAGAGCAGGAGAGGCUGAUGCUGGAGCAGGCAUGGGCGGAGCGCGAGGAGCAGAGGAGGAUGAGGGAGGAGGACAGGGCUGAGAGAAGGGAUGCGCUUCUGACUAGCUUGCUGACCAGGCUCUUGCAAGGAGAUCUCUAGUCUAGGGACCUAGGAUUCCAUGGUAGUUCCAGCAAGAAAUUAGGAUAGAUUAUUAUACUAGUUGAUUGACUAGGAUUGCUUUGUUCAUUCUUCUUUACAUUGAAAUGAUGUUAGGUGAUUGCAGGUGAAUUGUUAAGCUCUAGGUUGCAUUGGAAA